AUGUUGGUCAAGGGCGGUACAGAAAGAGGUUCGAACAAGGCGGCAUAUAGGGGUAACGUUAUCAGAGCUUUAACAUCUCUGGCCGUAAUGGCGAAGACGUUCCGGAAUGAGGACAACGCUCUUACUGAAAUUGAGAAGUUGUUGUCCGGCGACGAGUGGGUACGAGUGAAGUGUAUUAGAGAGAAAGAUUUGUCAGAGUGUCAGCUCAUUUACGUGGAGCUGGGCACAAUCAUUUCGUUGUUUGUCACCUCUCCCUUUGGGGAUGUCUCGGAAAAGGCACAGGAGACGGUGUCAAGGUUGCUGCAAGGAGUGGGAGGACGAAGACUGCGAAACCAUUGGAUCGCAGGUUGCCUACUACAACGUGCCGGGGUCUCCACAAAAAAGCUAAUUGAUUUUAUAGUUGAUACUUUAGGAUACAUACCGGCAGCGCGUACGACGGCAUUUGAAUUUCUUACCAAAAGGGACGUACCGUACUCUAGGUACGUUCUCCGGCCAACUACGACGGAUAGGAAAAAGAUGCUGCUCGCUCGAGAAAAGUUGCUACCCAUGACCAAGAUUACCGCGCGCGACUUUGCAAAGCGGAUUUACCCCGUAACAAACAUAGCCACAAGCGCAAUUAAAUACAUAGCAACCAAGCCGCGUAACUCUCCUCCUCCUGCAAUGCCAGUGGGGGUAUAUUAUCCUCGCUGCUCGGCGGUCGACGUCGAUUCCGCCGCAUUCGAAUCUGUAAGAGAAAAACUGAGUGGCGACUAUCAAAAAGAGAUCCUAUCCGGCCGAAGAGUUCCACAGUACAGAUUCGACGUGUGCAGCUUGGACUAUGUGGAGUUUGGUGCACUUCUUGAGAACUAUACACAACACGCGUUUGGUGCCGUAGGUUCGGAGAUUUUUCGCAAGAUAGCUGAUCUCAUGGAGGAAAGGUACAGCUCUUGGCGAGUCAGGGCCUGGGUAUCGGGGUGCUUGCUACAGGAUGCUGAGAAGCCGAUUCCGUGGCUGCUUGACUUGUGUCUCCAAGAUUUAAAUUAUGUCCCGCCGACUAGUUGGAGACUGGAAUGUCUGAAGGCACGCAACGAGCUGUAUAAAUGGCGCAACAGACUGAAGCCAGCUAAUCCGAAGAUGCGUUUCUACGAACUUGUAGGCGGCCUAAAUGAGAAGAUCUCCAUCCCGGAGUUCAAAAGAUUGGCGGCGAUGAGCGGCAAAAAACAAAAAGAGUUUCUGUGCGAGAAGUAUCACUCAUACUCGAAGAGCACAAGGGCUCUUGGCUGCACACCACCAGCUGCAACGAAGCUAGCCCCGAGCCCAUCAGCACCAAGCCAACCAGCUCAAAUUCCGAAACAGGAGAAACCAGCGGGAAACUCAUCUUCGCGUACUGUGGAGCCGAGCGGGCCCGCAGCCACCCUCAGUCCUGCAAUGAUGUACUGCCAUCCGAACGACCUCAUCGAGUUUCUUGAUCGGGUGGAAUCAAACAUUCAGGACCCUCUCAUGCGUGUGUGA